GUUUUAAAAAGCAAAUAUUCGAAAACGAGACGCUCAUAUCUAAGCUGCAUAAUUUGAAAUAGCUGUGACCUUCGGCUAAGGUCAAUUACUCUCGAAAUUCACUUGGUACUUCUCUUAAUAUUUUUGCUUAGAACCGAAGGGUUAAUCAAUUCGUUUGUCUAAUUAGCAAUUAUAGAACUAAUUCCUGUGUCACUCGUAGCUGCUCUGUUACUUUAAAAUUCCGGAUUCAUGGGAGAUUCAAAUAUAUUUCUAGUAGUUAAUACUUGUUACACGUAUGGACUAUCGAAUACGUUUUCUUUACGAAGGCCAUCUGUAUAUCUCCAUUUUAUCAUUUUUGCGCAAGUUCUGGCCGUAGUUUGUUCUUCAAUUACAACAGUUGCAAACGAUGUUCAUUUUAGUUCGCCAGACGACCUUUCUGAAGCAAUUGAUGAUCAAAAUUUGUCCACAAACAAUUUUAAAUACGAAGAGUCAUCACCGGAUGACAUCGUCCUUGAAGAUACAUGGAGGUAUAAACCGUUUCCCGGUGUACAAAUACCAGUUGCUCGUUCCCCCCACCCAACAUUUGGAUCACCAUGGCCAUUACCACAUAGUUGGUUAUCAUCUUCAUGUUAUUAUAAUGUGGAUAUAAAAAAAUUUCACUUUAAAUUCAUUAAAACCUCAAAUAAGAUUCUACAAUCAGCUGUAAAUCGAUACACGCAUAUAAUACAAAAUUUAUUUGGUAUUUCUGUGUACCCAAAAGUUUGGCAACAUAAAAAUUUUCAGUCGAGAUGUGAGAAACCUGUUACGGGAAGUCAGGGUAUUCCCUUCCGCACUGUUUUAAGAACGUCAAACGGUGUAUCUCAUAAUUUUAUAUCUCAACAAAUAUCUUACUUAAUGCACAAGUAUGGAUUACCUGGACACAGUGUAUUGCAUAGCGGAAUUCAAAAAUAUGCUUUGUUAUAUGUGAUAAAUUCUGAUUCACAAUUGCCACAUAUUAAUAUGGAUGAAUCUUAUAUUCUGGGCGUUUCAGAAAAUGGCAUUUUCAUUAUCGCUAAUGAAACAUGGGGCGCUUUGAGAGGUUUAGAAACACUUAGUCAGUUAAUGUGGACUACAAAAGAUCAAUCUCAAAUUUUUGUUAAUCAAACGUACAUCGUAGACUUUCCGCGUUUCAAACAUCGUGGACUAAUGAUUGACACUUCUAGGCAUUUUAUGAGCAAAUCUGUUAUUUUAUUGAACUUGGAAGCUAUGAGUUAUAACAAAUUAAAUGUUUUACAUUGGCAUAUUGUGGAUGACCAGUCAUUUCCUUAUCAAAGUAAUGUAUUUCCUGAACUUUCAGCUCAGGGUGCUUAUCGAGAAGACUUGGUUUAUACAUCAAAUGAUAUUAAGGAAAUUUUGGAGUUUGCUCGAUUGCGAGGCAUUCGUGUUAUUCCUGAAUUCGAUAUACCAGGUCAUACCAGAAGUUUGUCAUUAUCUCAUCCAGAAAUAAUGUCUCAAUGUUCUAAGAGCGGUCAUUUUGGUCCACUCAAUCCAGUAUCAAAUAACACAUAUGAAUUUUUGGAAAAUUUACUCCGUGAAGUUUUCCAGUUAUUUUUAGAUGAUUCUAUUCAUCUAGGCGGUGAUGAAGUUGAAACAAUAUGUUGGGAACGUGAUCCUAAAAUCUUAAAUAAUGUCGAGUCUACUGGGCAGUUCAGUUCAACAUUUUGGACUAACUAUUUUUGGAGACGUGUACAGAAUUUAGUUACUGAAAUAGGCCGGAAGAAUCCUCAAUUAAAACGAAACUUAAUUUUAUGGCACGAUGUCUUACAUCAGGUGACCGAGUUUAAAAAGUCGCAGAUAAUUCAAGUCUGGAAUGGUCGUCCAUCAGAUUCUUUAUCUCAAGGUUAUAAUGUUAUCUAUUCAAGUUGUUGGUAUUUGGACUCACUUAAGGAUAUUAAACAGUGGACAAAUUUUUAUUUGUGUGAACCAGCUGACGAUGCUCCAAUGGGAACUGAACAACAAAUUAUUGGUGGUGAAGCUUGCAUGUGGAGUGAAUAUCAAUCUGAUUACACAGUUCUAACAAGAAUUUGGCCAACUACAAGUGCUGUUGCAGAACGCCUUUGGAGUUCGAAAAACAUAACUAACUUAGAAACUGCUGGUCCGCGCAUCGAAGAACAAAGAUGUCGUUUAAUAAAUCGUGGUAUACCGGCUGGUGUUCUUCUCGGUCCAGGAUAUUGUGAUGGUGGUAAACUGAUGCCAACAUGGAAUAUCAAUGAAAUUAUGUUAGAUGAGUACAAAAAUAUCAUGAACCGAAAAAAAUCAAACAAUAAUUCUGUAAUUGAUGAAUAUAAGAAUGAUUAUUAUUAUUACAAUGAAAGACCUUCUAGUCUAUGGAAUAGUACAGAUAUGGUAAUCGGUUUUUUCAUAGGUAUCUUAAUUACUUUAUUAUUUCGUCACCGUAAUUUGUUGCCGUUUCGGAAAGUUAACUGUAAUUUCUUAGUUAGAUGUACAACGUGUCUAUUGAUUUUGACUUUCAUAACAGUUUUAAUUAUCUUUAGUCAUACUCGUUCUAUAUUUGUAUAAUUUUCAUAAAAUCCCAUUAUAUUUCAGUCUAAUUGCUAAAUUUUAAUUAGUAUACGUUCUUCUGUAUUUCUUGAAGAGUUUGCUGUUUAUCUAUGCACUCUUAAUUUUUUGAUCUUAUUUUGUAUAGAUUAUGCUGUUUUAUUGGUUGCACUUUGAAUUCAUGAUUCUGAUAAUUUUUCGUACUCUCCGUUUUUCUGUAUGAAAUACCUUUUUACUUGUGCUAAAAAUUCUCCUCCAGACGCAUAUUUACUUAUCUAAAUAAUGUUAUCUUUAAAUUGAGUCAUGUGAUGUAUUUGUUUUUAUAACUUAGCAAUUAUAUAUGUGUGCAUACACUUCAUUUAUUCUAUCCACUAUGUUGUGUGCCACAUUAUCUUAUUACUUUCCAUUAACCAUUUUAUUAUCAUCACAAACAUGAAAAACUGUUGCAUUGGCUGCAACAAUCACGAAACAAACAUAAAUCUAGUUAUCACUGUCUUUCCUAUAUAUGAAUCUCUGUUUAUGAAAAUGAAGCAGAAAUCUCAAUCCUCAGUUCAGUCAGUAAUUAAUUAUCUUCAUUUUAUUUUAUCCCAGUUUACGGAGUUUUAAUUGUGUUAUCAUCAUAUUGUUUUUAGUUAUGCUGUCUUUUGUUUAUUUUAUGUACGUUUUAGUGUCAUUUGUGGUUGUGUUGCUGCUUAAACGGAAAAUAAAACACUUUCUUGUUUAAUUCACCUACACAUAGUACUCUCUUCUAUUCACAAUUAAUGCAUACAUAUUUAUUUUUGACUUUUUUUGAUUUGCAUGUGUUAUUUGGUGUUUUAUCUCUUCAUUUUCCUAAACCUUAUUGCUAUUAAGUUUCCAGUGGAUGUUUGUUUAUUUGCAAGAGACUUUCAGUCUGGUUUUGAAACCAAAAUAAGAUGCGUUUACAUGAUAUGUGUAUUGAGGUAAAACGCAAAUUUGUCGAAUUGAAAAAUUUUAACAUUGCGAUCAAAUAAAAAUAAAUCUUUUUAUGA